AUGUUAGAAAGCAACAGCGAUACACAGAUACGAACAUCUUCCCAUACUCCCACAGCCGUCACAAUGGUAUCCCUCAAGUGCCUCUCCGCCAUUGCCCUCCUCGCAAUCGCUUCAGCUCAGUCGACAAACAACACAACCCCAAUUCGCUACAUGCCCUUUGGCGACAGCAUAACGGAAAUAGUCUGCUGGCGAUCAAAACUGUGGCAGAGGCUCCGGACCACUGAGUGGGCAAACGUCAACUUCGUUGGCAGUGGCAAGACGGAGAACAACUGCCGCGACACGACCUAUGACCGCGACAAUGAAGGACACUCUGGUCACUAUGCCCAUAUACGAAAUGCGUUGGAGAAGAAAACUGACUCGGUAAAACGAACUGUAGGCUUCCUCGCCAUCGAUAUCGCGAAUAAGAACCAGCUUGACGGAUGGCUGAAGACGAACCCCGCAGAUGUCAUCACCAUGCACCUGGGCACAAACGAUAUCGUGCAGCAGAACAAAGCGGUGACGGACAUCAUCGCUGCGUUCACCAAACUCAUUGGCACCAUGCGGACGUCAAAUCCCAAGAUGAAGAUCAUCGUACGUCUCUCUUACCCAGCAUGUGCCUAUGCCACAGUGUCAGACAUGCACCUACUUACCUUGGCAUCUCAGGUUGCUCAAAUCAUCCCCCUAGGCAUCGGGAACUACAACGGCAAGGUCCAGGAACUGAACCGCGCGAUCGUGCCCUGGGCGCAAGGUCUCAAUACGACGCAGAGCCCCAUCUGGGUUGUAGACCAGUAUACGGGGUUUAGUGGGAGUGCGGAUCUGAGGGACGGAGUACAUCCAAAUGAUAGCGGCGAUGUCAAAAUGGCGAACGUGUGGUAUCCUGCCGUUGUGAAGGCUUUUGAGGCUGCGAGAACCGACAGGGUUGUCGUCGGGAGGGAGUUUGCGGCAUAG